AUGCAGACCAAUAUCUGGGUACCGCUUACAAAGAAAGCCCUAGGAAAAAAGAUACAAGAACAUCUGAAGCUAUUUACAAGUGUAGGCAAAAUGAAGGUGACUCUGGUUCAUAUUUCUUUUGCACUGCUGCUGCUGCUGCUAGGCCUCGGGCUGGGCCUGGGGCUGGGCCUUCACAUGGCUGCAGCCGUCCUAGAAGGUGGUGGUCAGCCACUGAGUGAGUUUUGGUCCAGUGACUCCCAGGACAAAGCCGAGGCCACUGAAGAGGGACAGGGCCUCCAAACCAUGGAAACCCUUGUGCUUAGCUCCAAAGAAAUAGCACAACCUGGAUGGCCAGAAGACACCAUUCUUAGUGAAGAUGAGGUUGGAGGAAGCAGGAUGCUGAGGGCUGAGGCUGUCUUUCAGAGCAACAAAGACUACCUUAGGCUUGACUUGAAUACCAGGGAAUGUAAUUCCAUGAUGGCACACAAGGUAAAGGGAAAUAAUCACAGCUGCAUCGACCAGUACACGUUCAUCCACGAGGAUCCAAGCACAGUCAAAGCCGUCUGCAACAGUCCUGUGGUCGCCUGUGAUCUCAAAGGAGCCAAAUGUCACAGAAGCCACCGGCCUUUUGAUUUGACAUUCUGCAAGUUGUCCAAACCAGGCGAAGUCACUCCCAACUGCAAUUACAUAACUUACAUUCUGGAAAAGGUUGUUAUCAUGACGUGCGGUGACUUGAAGCUGCAGUCAACCUUGGAAUGA